GGCCCCGGCGGCCGGCGAGGCGCUGGCGCGGGGGCUGCGGCCGCAUCGCUUGCAUCCUCGCCGUCCGUCCUCUGUCCCGCGGGGGCAGCCGGCCAAAGCCGAGGACCGACCGACCGACCGACCGCUGCGGACCGCCGGGGGGCGGGGGAUGCCGGGCUGCCGCAUCAGCGCCUGCGGCCCGGGGGCCCGGGAAGGGGCAGCGGAACCGGGGUCGCCGCCGCCGCCGCCCCGGGAGCCCCUGCCAUCCCCUCAGCCCCCGCCCCCAACUCCGACCUUGACCUCGACCCCGACUCGGGCCUCGCCGCCGCCGCCGCCGCCGCCAGAGGCGAUCCCGGCGUCGGCGGGCUCGGCCGAGGGGCAGGAGCUGCAGCGCCGGCGCCAGGGCGCUCACGGGGCUGCGGGGGCCGCCGGGCCGGCAGGGGGCGCGGCGGGGUCCGGGGGGCGCGCCCUGGAGCUGGCCGAGGCGCGGCGGCGGCUGCUGGAGGUGGAGGGCCGCCGGCGCCUGGUGUCGGAGCUGGAGAGCCGCGUGCUGCAGCUGCACCGCGUCUUCCUGGCGGCCGAGCUGCGCCUGGCGCACCGGGCCGAGAGCCUGAGCCGCCUGGGCGGCGGCGUGGCGCAGUCCGAGCUCCACCUGGCGGCGCACGGCUCCCGCCUCAAGAAGGGCCCGCGCCGCGGCCGCCGGGGCCGCCCGCCCGCGCUGCUCGCCUCGGCGCUGGGCCUGGGCGGCUGCGUGCCCUGGGGCGCCGGGCGCCUGCGGCGGGGCCGCGGCCCGGAGCCCGACUCGCCCUUCCGCCGCAGCCCGCCCCGCGGGCCCGCCUCCCCGCAGCGCUGACCGCCCGGCCGGCCGCUGCCCCGGCGCCGAGGACGGACUGCGGGCGCGUCCCCGACGCGGAUGGAUGGACGGACCGGUCGGUCACAGGAGCGCGGCCGGGCGGCCGGGGGACCGGGCCGAGAGGCUGAGCUGCUCAGACCCGUGGGGAUCCCAGCCAAGGACAAAGGCGCAAGGGAACCUCUGCUCAUCCCAGGAGCCCCCACUCCUUCCAGGAGUCAAUGGAGCCCAGCUCCAUACUAUUACCCCGGCACCUUCUCUCCAUAACGGCCCCUCUUCAGGAGCUUCACCCAGCAACUCUCUGGAUCUGAACUCCUGGGAUUCUGUUCCUUCCCUGAGCACCUCCUCCAGGAAGACUUCUUCGCCGGACCCUCCACAAGGCGGAGCAGGAUCCUGGGGAAGUUCCAGCACUAUGAAUUUCUUUGUGUAUGCCACAGUGACUUUGGCUUCUGUUGUACCAUUGGAAGACGCUGAGAUGCUAUCAGAUUAUUUAAGAGAGCAGCAAACCCUUUCCAAUGUGAAAGUGGAAAGGAUUUCUUUAAAAAAUAGAGUCAUCACUCUUAAACAAGUCACAACACGACUUGGCAGCUGCCCUUGCUUCUCAGUCUAACAGCUUGGAGACCUGUUGGAGGGGAACCAGUUUGAGAAAGCCCUGUCUUCCUCCUCCUCUGUUGGCGCCCCGUCCCCGUGGGAACACGCCUGUGGCCCCUCAGGUGGUCAGCUCUGGCUCCAUGGAGAAAGAGACGGUGGCUACAUAAUCCUGAGCAAAGUUUUAAAUGGGAAAAGGAACCACGCUUAUUCAGAUGUCCUGCCAAUAGAGGGAAGAGGGCCACAUUUACUCACACGCAACCAGAACUUGUAGAAUUCUGCAAAAUGAAUGUAUAUUGAGUCAGUCCCAUGAUUCAUGCAUUCAGGAAGAAUAAAUUUCAAUGGUGUGAGACAA